CCUCCAGAUGGAAUAUAUAUUCAUGGUCUAUUUUUAGAAGCUGCAUGUUGGAAUUUUGUCACAAAAAUGUUGACAGACCCGAACCCAGGGGAGAUAAAUCCGCCAUUGCCAGCUGUCCUUUUAGUUCCGUGUACUUCUGUUGGAGAUCUGUCUAACCGAUAUAGAUCACCUUUGUAUAAAACAUCUGCUCGAGCUGGUGUUUUAUCUACAACAGGACACUCAACCAACUUUAUUAUGGCUGUUUUACUUCCUACAAAUAUAAGUGAAGAUGUUUGGAUUACAAGAGGGUGUGCACUGUUAACACAGUUGUCCAAUUGAUUGUAUUUACUUACUUUAGUGCUAUUUCAACUUUGUUUAUUGUGAAUAAAAUGUCUUUCGUUUAUUCAUUCAAA